GAGCGUGUGUGGCUGGGGGAAGCCAUUGCCUGUUUAAUAGUUGCUGUUGCUGCACUUCCGCUUCUCUCCCAGCGAGAGAGAGACACGAGUGGCCAGGCCCAGCCGCAGCCGCAGCAGCAGCCGCCGAGGCGGCACGGAGCAGCCAGACACAAAGAGAGGGGCUGUUUUCGGGGUGGGGUGGGGGGUUCGCUAUGUCGGAUGACGAUUCGAGGGCCAGCACCAGCUCCUCCUCAUCUUCGUCCUCCAACCAGCAAACCGAGAAAGAAACAAACACCCCCAAGAAGAAGGAGAGUAAAGUCAGCAUGAGCAAAAACUCCAAACUCCUCUCCACCAGCGCCAAGAGGAUUCAGAAGGAGCUGGCGGACAUCACUUUAGAUCCUCCACCCAACUGCAGUGCUGGUCCCAAAGGCGAUAACAUCUAUGAAUGGAGAUCAACCAUCCUAGGGCCUCCAGGGUCCGUGUAUGAGGGUGGUGUAUUCUUCCUUGAUAUCACUUUCACACCAGAAUAUCCCUUCAAGCCUCCAAAGGUUACAUUUCGGACAAGAAUCUAUCACUGUAAUAUUAACAGUCAAGGAGUUAUUUGCUUGGACAUAUUGAAAGAUAACUGGAGUCCAGCACUAACCAUUUCUAAAGUCCUUCUUUCUAUCUGCUCACUUCUUACAGACUGUAAUCCUGCCGACCCCUUGGUGGGAAGUAUUGCCACUCAGUAUAUGACCAACAGAGCAGAACAUGACAGAAUGGCCAGACAGUGGACCAAGAGAUACGCUACAUAAAUUGGGUUGUCACAAUUCUCUACAUUCUUUGUCUGUCACAGAGAGAGCUGCUUAUGAUUUUGAAGGGGUGG